AUGGGCUCCCUCGCAGUUGUCGACGACAUUGUUCCCGCUGAGAACUCGCUCUUCUACCAGAGCGUGUACCCUUCCUCAGCUCCCACGGUUGAGUCGGCCGAUGGACUCUACUUCACUCUGAAGAAUGGUCAAAAGGUUCUCGACUCUACCGGUGGAGCAGCAGUUUCUGCCAUCGGCCAUGGGAACGAGCGGGUCAAGACCGCUAUCAUCAAGCAGCUGAACAAAUUCACAUAUGCCCAUCCAGGCUACUUUCAGAAUGAUCCUUCUCAUGAACUUGCCGAUAUUCUGGUCAAAUCGACGAAUGGCCAGUUAUCGAGAGCAUGCCUUCUGGGCUCUGGCUCUGAGGCCGUUGAGGGCGCCAUGAAGCUUGCUCGGCAAUAUUUCCUCGAGAAAGACCCCAAGGCUCCUCGCACAAAGUUUAUCGCGAGAGAGAGUUCCUGGCACGGAUGUACUCUGGGAACUUUGGCCGUUGGCGACUUGAAGGCCCGUAAGGAGCCUUUCAUGGACGUCCUGGCCGACAAUGUUUCCCAUGUGUCUCCUUGUCACCCCUACAGAGAGCUUGAACGGGGCGAAUCGGUUGAGGAGUACGUGGAACGGCUUGCUCUUGAGCUGGAAGGGGAAUUCCAGAGACUAGGCCCGGAAAAUGUGUGCGCCUUUAUCCUCGAGCCGAUGGUUGGCACAGCCCUCGGCUGUGUGACGGCUUUGCCUGGAUAUCUGCAGGCCAUGAAGGAUGUCUGCCACCGACACGGUGCUCUCAUCAUCUUCGACGAGGUCAUGUGCGGUCUCGGAAGAACCGGCUACAUGCACGCCUGGCAACAUGACAACGUAGUUCCUGACAUCCAGGCCGUUGGAAAGGGCCUCGCAGCUGGAUACGGCACAAUAUCCGCCAUCCUCAUCCACGAGCGCGUAAUUGAGGGCCUCAAGCAGGGCAGCGCCUCCUUCCAGCACGGACAAACGUAUCAGUGUCAUCCACUCAACGUUGUCGCUGCUGUCGAAGUGCAGCGCAUCAUCAAGGAGAAGCACCUUGUCCGUAACGCGCGUCUCAUGGGUAUCCUUUUCGGACACCUCCUUCGCCAGGCCUUCAAGGACCACCCGCACGUCGGCGAUGUGCGUGGCCGCGGCAUGUUCUGGUGCAUCGAGUUCGUGGCAGACAAGACCACUAAGGCACCUCUUGACCCUUCGUUGAACCUUGCUCGUCGGAUGCGUCUUCGUGGACUCGAGAAGGGAUACGAUGUGUGCCUCUUUUCCUCGACGGGAUGCGCCGACGGCUGGAACGGAGAUCAUUUUCUCCUUGCUCCGCCCUUCAUCGUCACCCCUACGGAUGUAGAGGAGAUCGUUUCUCGCGCCAAGCGUGUCGUGGACAGCGUAUUUGACGAGGUGAGAGCGAAAGGUCAGAUCUGA